GGUCGCUUUCCACCAAGGAUGCAUUACCAGGCCACUCCGGACAGUCGAGCUGCGCCACAUUUUCCAAGGUCUCACCUUGCUGAAGCAGUUGCCAAAGCCAAGGCAGGUGGAGGUGGUGGUGGAAGCACUGGUGCAACUGGGAGAGGUCUUGUGGGACAGAUUAUCCCUAUAUAUGGAUUUGGCAUUUUCUUAUAUAUCCUGUACAUUUUAUUUAAGCUGGCUUCCAAGGGAAAAACUGUUGCUGGAGAGCGGAAAUUCCCGACUGCUGCACCUGGAAACAUGAAGAGGAAAAUCACUGACUAUGAGCUCACCCAACUCCAGGAAAAACUGAGAGAGACAGAAGAAGCUAUGGAAAAAUUAAUCAACAGAGUAGGACCUAACUGUGACAGAACUCAAAAUGCUACAACAGACCAGGAGAAAAGGUUACUUCAGCAACUCCGAGAAAUUACUAGAGUUAUGAAAGAAGGAAAAUUCAUAGAUGGCAUCUCUCCCGAGAAGGAAGCUGAAGAAGCUCCUUACAUGGAGGAUUGGGAAGGUAAGCAAGAGCCUUUUUUACCAUUACCUUGA